UUGUUGCCGUUAAAUUUUGGUUGAUAUUUUUGAAGUACUAGAUUAUUUUACCUCCACCACAAACAAAAACUGAAACCUGUGGCUUGCAGUUCCCCUCACAGACAGCUUCACUACGAUUCAAAGUCCAGCUCUCUCGGUCUCGACCGGAGCCAAAGAGGCAGGCAGCUGCUCAAUAACUCCAUGGCUGCCGCCAGAGCCACUAUCUCUCACUUUCUCUCUAUAUCAGAUGUUGCGAACAACCCUUUUCAUUCUCGCAAGCUCUCUACAAAUCGCAGUUUCUCACUCUCUACUCCAACUCUUCUUCAUCCCAAGGCAUCUAAAAACAACAAUUCCAACACUUCGCUCGAAUCGUCCCGCCAAAAACAGCCUAGGAAAUCUCGGUCCCCUCUCCCUCGCGAACCUGUGAAUUUUCCUGAAUCUAACCCGUCUUUUCCGCUUUUUGGCCGGUUAAGAGAUGGGUUUAAGAUAGAUGAGCUUGGUUCGGAUAUUUUAUCUAUUGCACUGCCUGCUGCGUUGGCUUUGGCUGCUGAUCCCAUUGCUUCAUUUGUUGAUACAGCCUUUGUUGGUCAUUUGGGGUCGGUUGAAUUGGCGGCGGUUGGUGUAUCAGUAUCAAUAUUCAAUCUGGUGUCAAAAUUGUUUAAUGUUCCUUUACUAAAUAUCACAACAUCCUUUGUUGCUGAAGAGCAAGUGUUAAUUAGAAAAAGCAAUGAUGAUGGUGAAUUUGAGCAUCAAGGCAAGAAAGUUCUUCCCUCGGUAUCCACUUCCCUGGCACUUGCAGCUGGCCUUGGCCUUGCAGAAGCAGUUGCACUCUCAGUUGGUUCGGGUUUCUUACUGAAUAUCAUGGGUAUACCUAUUGAUUCACCAAUGCGUGGACCAGCUGAACAAUUUCUGACAUGGAGGGCCUUUGGUGCCCCGCCGAUUGUAAUAGCACUUGCUGCUCAAGGCACUUUUCGUGGAUUUAAGGAUACCAAGACACCUUUGUAUGCCAUUGGUGCAGGCAGCUUACUAAAUGCAAUAUUGGAUGCAAUCUUGGUAUUUCCUAUUGGUUUUGGUGUUAGAGGUGCUGCAGUUGCUACUGUGAUUUCUGAAUAUCUGAUUGCCAUUAUUCUUCUCUGGGAGUUGAAUGGGAAAGUUGCACUGAUCUCUCCGAAUGUUGACUGGAGAAAAGUUCCCCUCUACAUAAAAUCUGGUGGACUUCUUAUAGGCAGGACAAUAGCGACCCUUGGAACUUUGACACUUGCAACAUCACUGGCAGCUAGACAGGGCCCCAUUCCUAUGGCUGGUCAUCAGAUUUGCGUUCAAGUUUGGUUGGCGGUAUCUUUGCUAACUGAUGCUUUAGCACUCUCUGGUCAGGCUCUUCUUGCCACUAAUUACUCCCAAGCAAAUUAUCAACAAGCUCGCAAAGUGAUUUACAGUGUUCUAAAGAUUGGUUUGGUAACGGGAUUUUCUUUGGCCGUCUUCUUAUUAAUUGGAUUUGGAGCAAUUUCUGGCUUAUUUACAACAGAUUCAGCUGUUCUCCAAAUUGCCUGGUCUGGUACUUUGUUUGUUGCUGGGUCUCAGCCAGUGAAUGCCGUGGCAUUUGUUCUUGAUGGGCUCUACUAUGGGGUUUCAGACUUCGAAUAUGCUGCCGUGUCUAUGGUGGUAGUUGGAUUGAUCUCAUGUGCAUUCCUAGUGGUGGCUGAUUCUUUGUUCAGUCUUGGUGGAGUGUGGACUGGCUUAUUCCUCUUCAUGACCUUGCGUGUGGUUGCUGGAUUUUGGAGGUUGGGCACAAAAAGUGGGCCAUGGAAAAUGAUUUAUUGUGAUAUGGAGAGAGGAAAGGGAUAAGAUUAAGAAGAAAGCAUCUAAGUUGGCAGGGCCAAAGCUUUCAGUCUAUGUGAGAAGGUGGUGGCAAGCAGCAUUCAUAUUUAACUUCUAAUUCAGGCUAAUUGGAUUCAGAAUGAACACAAGAUUUUCCAUACUUUUAAGAUGGCAUCACCCGGUUACAUGUCAGAAUUGAAUUGACUCCACCAAUGUGAAUUUGUUU